AUGUAAACACAGGUCCCUUGUCAACUCUUAUGGCACUUAGCGCAAGCUCAUGUCCAAGUCUGUGUUCGCAGCACGUUAUUCUGUGUGAGACUGAUACCAUCUGCUUCGCUAAUCUCGAAAAUUUUAACAGAUGUCCACACAUGUUCCAAUUUAGAGAUAGUGCGCUCUGCUCUGGUAAGCGGUUAUGGAAUUGAUUGCCAAUCCACAUGCGACGUGCUGCUGCUGCUAGCACUCUGACUCUGGGUCUAGUCUAGAGCCACACAAGUGGACUGUCUCGCUGUCCACAGUUUGACCUCCGACCUGACAGCUACCGUCUGGUCUCCAGGCCCAGAUUCCUAGAUUCAUUGAUCAACCGGAAAAUCUUUGCAUUCUUAAUUUCCUUUCAACGAUGGCUGCAUCUUUGUGGCGAGGGUAUCUUCGUCUGCUAGAGAAGUUUCCUCUGAGGACCAUGGCGAGCACUACCGGGACCCUAAUGGCAACCGGUGACUGUAUCAGCCAGUUUGCCGUUGAGAAGAAAUCCACUAAAGAAUAUGACAUUGUCCGCACUGGCAGAUUUUUUGUUUUUGGAUUUUGUGUCAUUGGUCCCAUGAUGCGAGGUUGGUACUUUACUUUAGACAAGCUGUAUGCAGGAAAGAACUUGGCGGCUCUCAAAAUGAUGGCUACAGAUCAGCUGUGUGGUGCUCCGGUGUUCAUCUCUGUCUUCAUUUGUGGCAUGUCUGUGCUCAGGAUGGAAAGCCUGGAUGAGAUCAAAGCCAAGUUCAAGCGGGAUUUUAUACCGAUCAUGACCAACAACUACAAGAGUUUUGUUUGUGAAUUUCAUUGCUCUAGGAUGGAAUACGUACUUGGCGUGGGCAUCGGAGAAAAAAUGAGGAUGUGUGGUUGUAAAGACCUGAUGUUUGUAUGUCAAGGCUCAACUAGACUCCUGGUGGAAUUAUAUGUCGGUGUAAUCAAGGGACAUUCCGAUGACAUCUUGGUUUACGGGACCUGCGUAAUGAAGAUUUUACAGUCCUCAGCAUCAUAAUAAUUAUUAUACUAAUAAGAAGGAGAAGUUCAGAAGAAGAUAAUAAUAAUAAUAAUAAUAAUAAUGGUAAUA